AGUGGAUCAGAGACGGAGGGGAGCGGAGAGCUUCUGCUACAGCUGUGAGGAGAGCUGCGGAGCUGGAAACGUAUGAUCUGAGAAGGUGUGUGCUGUCCUCCUUUCUGCUGCUUCCAGGAUGCAGUUCGUAGUCAGACUGAGCCUCUGCCUGCUGGGCUUGGUGUUUGUCUCGCUGUUCCCUCAGCCAGCGCGGGGCCAAGUUUCAUCCCCACGGAGGUUUCGCUCCAAAGUCCUGAGCCCCACCAAGCUGCACGUAUCCUGGAAAGAGCCAAAGGGAGCGUUUGACAGCUACAAGGUCAUUUAUAUAACACAACCAGGUGGAGAGCAGAAGGAAGUGGAGCUUUCCAAACAGGAAGCCAAGCUGGUUAUCAACAACUUUGACUCCUCUAAAGAAUACAACUUUAAGAUAUUUGCAGUCAGUGGAGGACGGCAGAGCAAACCUCUACAGGCCAAACAUGAAGCUCAGCGAUCAGGCGUGGAGAUGGUUCAGUCUCAGAGGGCACCAGACAGCGGAGUUACCGUGGAGAACAACGAGAUCUCAGAAGCUGAAGAGUUUACGUGCAAGACUUCGGCCAUUUCCGACAUCGUCAUUCUGGUGGACGGCUCCUGGAGUAUCGGCCGCAUCAACUUCAGGCUGGUCCGGACCUUUCUGGAAAACCUGGUCAGAGCCUUCAAUGUGGAGUUUGACCAGACCAGGAUUGGUCUGGCUCAGUACAGCGGAGACCCUCGGAUUGAGUGGCAUCUUAAUACUUACACCACCAAAGAGGCUGUGAUCGACGCUGUGAAGAACCUGCCGUACAAAGGAGGAAACACUCUGACAGGUCUGGCUCUAACGUAUAUUUUGGAGAACAGCUUCAAACCCGAGUCUGGAUCCAGACCCGGCGUUCCAAAGAUCGGCAUCCUCAUCACUGAUGGGAAAUCUCAGGAUGAUGUGAUUCCCCCCGCUCAGAGCCUGAGGGAUGCUGGGAUCGAGCUGUUCGCCAUCGGUGUGAAAAACGCUGACGAGAAUGAGCUGAAGGCCAUCGCCUCUCCUCCCGAGGAAACUCACGUCUACAACGUGGCAGACUUCAGCGUGAUGAGCAGCAUCGUGGAGGGUCUGACCAAGACCGUCUGUGAGCGAGUGGAUCAGCUGGACAAGCAGAUCAAAGGGGGCGGCGAGCCGGCCCCUCCUCCCACCUCUGUGGCUCCUCCCCGAGACCUCAAAACAUCUGACAUCACAGCUCGCAGUUUUAGGGUGACGUGGACCCACGCGCCGGGCCAGGUGGAGAAAUACCGCGUUGUUUAUUACCCAGCCAGCGGAGGAGCACCAGAAGAAAAGGUGGUGCAGGGGACGGAGAACAGCGUGGAGCUGAACUACCUGAACUCUCUGACCGAGUACCAAGUGGCCGUUUUCGCCAUCUACCGCAGCUCCGCCAGCGAGGCUUUGAGAGGGAGCGCCUUCACGUUGGCCCUGCCCAUGGUGAACAACCUGGAGCUCUUUGACAUCACUCACAGCACCAUGAGGGUCAAGUGGAAGUUAGCCGCCGGGGCCACUGGGUACAUGAUCCUGUACGCGCCGCUGACCGAGGGAGAUCCUGCAGACGAGAAGGAGGUGAAGGUCGCAGACUCGGUGAACGAGGUGGAGCUGGAAGGACUGACCCCGGCCACAGAGUACACGGUGACGGUCUACGCCAUGUACGGAGAGGAGGCCAGCGACCCCAUGACCAGCCAGCAGACCACACUACCGCUGACCCCGGCGAGGAACCUUCAGAUCUCAGACGUUGACCACAGCUCUGCAAGACUCACAUGGGACCCCUCCUCCAGGAAGAUUAGAGCUUACCGCAUCAUGUACGUGAAGACCAAGGGGGUCCAGACCACUGAGGUGGAUGUCGGCAGUGUGACCAGCUGGGUGUUAAAGAACCUGACCUCCCUCACAGAGUACACAGUCGGCGUGUUUGCCCUCUAUGAUGAAGGACAAGCUGAGGCCGUGACGGACAGCUUCACCACAAAGACCGUCCCCGACCCGCUGGAUCUGAGGAGCAGCGACAUCUCCACGGACAGAUUCAGGGUGUCAUGGCAACACCCGGCUUCUGACGUGGUGUGGUACCGACUCACCUGGACGCCCACAGACGGAGGAGCUAGUGACGAGGUUCUAGUAAACGGAAACGUGAACACCUACCUGAUAACAGACCUGACCCACCUGACGGAGUACGAGGUCCUCCUGGCCGCCAUCUACGACAACGAGAUGGAGAGCGACGAGGUGAUGCUGGUGGAGACCACGGCUGAGAGGACAACCACCAUCGCUACAACCACCACCACCACAGCAGCUCCUCGCUUCGGUGUGAAUAACUUAAAUGUCGACGAGGAAACCACCUUCAGCAUGCGGGUGUCCUGGCAGCCCGUCGACUCCAGGAACGUCCGACAUUAUCGCCUGAGCUACAUCAGCGCCAGAGGAGACCGGGCCGAGGAGACGAGGACGGUGCCCAGCGGUCAGAGCAGCCUGGUUCUGCAGCCCCUUCUGUCAGACACUGAGUACAAAAUCGCCGUCACCCCAGUUUACGCCGAUGGAGACGGGCCGACAGCUUCGAAAAUGGGACGGACACUUCCUCUCACGGCUCCUAGAAACCUGCGUGUGUCAGAGGAAUGGUACAACCGCUUCAGGAUCAGCUGGGACGUCCCGCCAUCACCCACCAUGGGCUACAGAGUCGUCUACCAGCCUGUUUCUGCUCCUGGACCGGCUCUGGAGACGUUUGUGGGCGAGGACGUGAACACCAUGCUGAUCGUCAACCUGCUGAGUGGGACCGAGUACAGCGUCAAGGUCAUCGCCUCGUACACCACGGGGUCCAGCGAUGCCCUCACGGGCCGCGCCAAGACCUUGUACCUGGGCGUGACUAACCUAAGCACCUAUCAGGUGAGGAUGACCAGUAUGUGCGCCCAGUGGCAGCCUCACCGACACGCCAGCAACUACAGAGUGACCAUCGAGUCUCUGCUCAACGGUCAGAAGCAGGAGACGAAGCUGGGUGGAGGAUCCAGCAGACACUGUUUCAAUAACCUGAAGCCCAACACGCAGUAUAAGAUCAGCGUUUACGCUCAGCUGCUGGACGGGACUGAAGGACCCGCUGUCACCGUCAACGGGAAGACACUACCCGUCCCGACUCCGGCCCCGACCAAACCCCCUACAACCACACCGCUACCCACAAUUCCCCCUGCCAAGGAAGUGUGUAAAGCUGCUAAAGCUGACCUGGUCUUCUUGGUCGACGGUUCCUGGAGUAUCGGCGAUGAAAACUUCCAGAAGAUCAUCAAGUUUCUUCACAGCACCACUGGAGCUUUAGACCAGAUCGGACCUGAUGGCACACAGGUGGCCAUCGCUCAGUUCAGUGACGACGCUCGCACUGAGUUUAAACUCAACUCUCAUCGUGACAAAGAGCAACUGCUGGACGCCAUCAACAAGAUCUCCUACAAGGGAGGAAACACCAAGACAGGUCGCGCCAUCCAGCACGUGAAGCAGAACAUUUUUACACCUGAGGGGGGAGUCAGGAGGGGGAUCCCAAAUGUCUUGGUGGUCCUGACAGAUGGACGAUCCCAGGACGACGUCAACAAGGUCUCCAAGGAGAUGCAGAUGGAAGGCUAUAUCGUGUUUGCGAUCGGCUUCGCUGAUGCCGACUACGGCGAGCUUGUGAGCAUCGCCAGUAAACCCAGCGACAGACACGUGUUCUUCGUGGACGACCUGGACGCCUUCAAGAAGAUCGAAGAGAAACUGGUGACGUUCGUGUGUGAGGCAGCCACGGCCACGUGUCCGUCCGUACCGAUGAGCGGCAGCACAACACCAGGUUUCCGUAUGAUGGAGCUUUUCGGGCUGGUGGAGAAUCGCUACAGCAGCGUCUCUGGAGUCUCCAUGGUGCCCGGCACCUUUAACACCUUCCCCAGUUUCCACCUACAUAGUGACGCUUUCCUGGCCCAGCCCACCAGGUUCCUCCACCCUGAAGGCCUGCCGUCUGACUACACCAUCACCCUGCUGUUCAGACUGCUUCCUGACACUCCUGAGGAGCCGUUCGCCAUCUGGGAGAUCCUGGACAAGAACAACGAGCCACUGGUGGGAGUCAUCCUGGACCACGGAGGAAAGACGCUGACGUUCUUCAACAACGACUACAAAGGAGAGUUUCAGACGGUCACGUUUGAAGGGCCUGAAAUCAAGAAGCUUUUCUACGGCAGCUUCCACAAGCUCCACAUUGCAAUCAGCAAAACCAGCGCCAGAGUGUUCAUGGACUGUAAGAUGGUGAUGGAGAAGAACAUCAACGCCGCGGGGAACAUCACCACAGACGGCACCGAGGUCCUGGGCCGGAUGGUUCGCUCCAGAGGGAACAAGGACAACUCUGCACCGUUCCAGCUUCAGAUCUUCGACAUCGUCUGCAGCACGUCCUGGGCCAACAGAGACAAAUGCUGUGAACUUCCUGGUCUGAGGAAGGAGGUAGACUGCCCCGCCAUGCCCAAAGCCUGCACCUGCACCCAGGACAGCAAAGGCCCCGCCGGCCCCCCUGGAGUUCCAGGAGGACCUGGAAUCAGAGGAGCCCGAGGAGACCGUGGAGAGCCGGGUCCUGUGGGGCCAACAGGUCCUGUGGGUGAUAUUGGCGUACCGGGACCUCAGGGACCCCAAGGACCCCAGGGGCCCAGUGGGCGCUCCAUCAUUGGAUCCCCGGGUCCUCCAGGAGAGAGAGGACAGAAAGGUGAUGCUGGACCACAGGGACCUCAGGGCAUUCCUGGCAGACCUGGAACCCAGGGACGAGAAGGACCAGCAGGAGUCCGAGGACUUCCAGGCAAAGACGGACCACCAGGCAGAACGGGUCCAGCAGGAACUAUCGGGACCCCAGGAGCUCCAGGAGCCCCGGGAAACACAGGUCCUCCAGGAAAACAAGGACAGCUGGGACCACCGGGUCCUCCUGGAGGCAAAGGAGAGAAGGGUGAACGGGGUGACGUCCAGUCCACAGCUGCGGUCGAGGCCAUCGCCCGUCAGGUGUGCGAGCAGCUCAUUCAGAGUCACAUGUCUCGCUACAGCUCAAUCCUGAGCAAUGCUCCAAGUCCGCCCAUAUCCAUCCGCACUGUCCCAGGACCCCCCGGAGAGCCCGGCAGGCAGGGAGCUCCAGGAGCUCAGGGAGAGCAGGGACCCCCAGGGAGACCCGGUUUCCCAGGACAGAAUGGACAGAACGGGCAGCCGGGAGAGAGAGGCCAACCAGGAGAGAAAGGAGAGAAAGGAUCUCAAGGUGUUGGAGUCCAAGGACCAAGAGGACCUCCAGGACCCCCUGGUCCUCAGGGGCAGGGCAGACCUGGCAGUCAGGGUCCCACAGGCCGACCCGGGAAUCCUGGAACCCCAGGUCGACCUGGGGUUCCUGGACCUGUGGGCGCUGCUGGACCUCCAGGGUACUGUGACCAGAACUCUUGUGUGGGCUACAAUGUUGGAGAGGGUGAGGAUGUGACUGACCGAGGCGUUAUGUCCGCAGUCCAACUGCCGCCCAACGUCUUCCAGAACUACGGCGAGGUAGAGGAGGACGACCCGUACCGAUACUACCAGCCUAACUACCCAGCUCCGCGGCCGGUGGCGCCCGGCGACCCCGAGCUCCUCCAGGACGACGCGGAAGUGAUCUCUCCCGGCGCCUACCGCAGCGUCCGGAGCGUAAAGGAAGACGAGGACCAACUGGGGCCAAAGAGGAGGCUAAAGAGAGGACUCAUUCAAUGAGAAGAGGCGUGAUUGGUGGACGGAGGGCUGCUCGUGGUUUCUGAUUGGGCGGUGCGGAGUCGUCAUGGACUAAUCAACAAGUGCCUGAUGUAGAGGAUUUCUUAUGGACAUCGUAGAGGGGCCGGGGUGGGGACUAUUUUAACUCAUCUAUGCUAAGUUUGAUGUUGUUUUGUUUUUGUUUAAUUAAAUCUAAAUUUUAUAUUUCAAUUUUUUAUUUUUUUCUCCCAAAACUGUUUACUCUUCAGCUCUCUCUGUGAUCAGAUUUCUUUUUUAUCCUCAUACAAUUGGAGAAAAGUAGCCAAUCCUGUUUCAGAUUUUUAUUAUUUACUAAGUCGGUUAAGUGCCUCCUAACGGUGCCGGAAUUUUAUGGAAGAAAUUUGGGCAUAAAGAAUGAUAGAAGUUCAAUAUAGCAUUUAAACAAAGAGACACGUGACGGCUCAGUCAGUCAGGAACACUGACAGAGUUUUAUGUUCUUUGGUUGGCGAUACACAGACUGAAUUCAGUCGCUUCACUUCUGACGUUGUGGCUGCAGAUCAGGCACAUCAUGAUGAGAAAAUACCUGAGCUCUCAGGUGGGAUUUAAGACUUUAAGGUGUGAUUAGAUGGGAAUGGGAGAACUGUGAAUGUGAAAAGUUUGGUGGAAUAGAACAAAAAUGAAACAGCUAUUUGUAGUGAUUUGGCACUCUUUAACCAGUUUUUGUAGGGACUCAGAGAAAAUGACCAUCCAUUCUUACUUCUACUGUCUGCCCUGUUUAUCCCAGUCAGAGUUUAUGACAGACUUUUGUGUCUUUAGCCAAAAUGACCAGCAGUCCUCCAGAACUCGAGCCAUGUAGAACAACCACAGGACAUAUGCUUUAGAUCACAGAUGUGCAAACUAUGGCUCAAGGGCCAGAUGCGGCCUAUUGUCUAUAUUUGAUUGGCAAAUUCUAUAAAUAAAGUGAAAAUGGCCCAUAUCAGAUCAUAAAGCUGGUGCUUACUGUAUUGUACUGCUUAGUUUUAUCACAGGGUGGUGCUGCCAUGCUAAUUCUGUAGACAAACAUUUUGACAUGUCAAAUUUAAUGAUGUUUUUUUUAGGACAUUUUAAAUAGUAAACAUAUUUCCAACCAAAAUAAUAACAAUAUCUUGAUUCAUGCAGCAUAUAGAAAUACUAGAGGCACUCCAAAAGCAGUGAUAGUCAGGGCCAACCAGGGCACCUUAAAAUCUGAUUGGCCAUCCCAAAAUCCUUAAAUAGAUUGUCUAUUUGCCUUUUCGGCCAUAAACUAUCCAUUUAAGCAUACCCAAUUACUAGCAUGUUUUUUUUUAAUGUAUUUUUGUUUUUUAUGCCUUUAUUUUAUAGAAGAGAACAGUUGAUAGAGGCAGAAACAGAGAUGAGCGAGUCAGGGUAAGACAUGCGUGAAAGAGGCCACACGCCAGACUUGACCCGGGCUUCAUGGGGCGCAAGCUAACAGCUAGGCUAUCUGCGGCCCAAUGAGCAUGUCUUAGAUUGGUAUUACUACCUUUAAUAUCCUCAAGGGGAGGCAUAUGAAAGCGACCCCUCCGUCCUUUAUAUAUAUAUAUACAUAUAUAUAUAUAUAUAUAUAUAUAUAUAUGUGUGUGUGGCCCUCAUUGGAAUAAGUCUGGACAGCCCUGUUUAGGUGGCCACAUGUGAUAAAUAAAUAACCUGCAUUAACAGCAGUGAAAACACGGAAAAACACAAAUGUUGUGAUCCAGCAUCAUGGCUGCACUAGAGCAGGGCUGGGGUCACAUAUUUCUGUCCAAACCUGACCCAAGUCUGAGACAGUAGACACCCGACAGUAAUGAUGGAAAAGUCAUU